AUGUUUUCGACAGCCGGAACGGACUUUGGCCUGAAUUUGGUCCGUUACGCGCCUCUCAACGAGUCUCUAGUCGUAUCACCAAUAUCGGUGAUCUUCGCCCUAGCAAUGGUCCAAGCUGGUGCCAAGGGCAAUACGAAAUCACAGAUCAGUUCCAUCAUUUCUGCAGGUGCAUCCGAUAGCGAAUUUGAGGACCAUUAUGCACAGCUUUACGGGCAGCUUCAAAAUGCGUCAGAAGGGGUGAAGACUCAAAUCGCCAAUGGGCUCUUCUUGGACAAGCCAUAUGCUGUGAAGAAAGACUAUGAGCAAAAAGUAAAGAAAAAGUACGAUGCCAAAGUUCAAGCGCUGGACUUCAGUAAGGUGGAUGAAGUUGCUAAGACUGUCAAUGGUUUUGUGAGUCAGCAUACUGGAGGGAAAAUAAAGUAA